AUGUACCGACGCACAUUCGUCUCGGUUCGGUUACGUGACCGAGGGCUGCUCCGUGCGGUGCUGGUGCUGCUCGCGGUGCUGCAUUUGACAGCCUCCCAGUCACCAUUUCCGGAUCGGCCAAUCAAAAUACGCUCGAACGAAGGUGGUGGUGGCGGCGGUGGCAGUCACCAGUCGGCGAGUGGCGAACCCGAACCUUACGCAACCCUACCGCUCGACACGCAAUCGGCGAUCGAUGCACGGGGAGAUCGUAGAAGUGCAAUCGAUCGUAAUGGGCCCCCGGAUCGAGCGGGCGACGAGAGAAUUGCGCCAGGGACCGGGUCAGGUCGCCGAAGUUCACCGGAAGGUGGUGACUUUGGUCAGCAACCCGAGCUGGUGCUCCCCCGGUACGAGCCGUCACCGGGCACCGGAGGGGCACCCGCACUGGGCUACCAGUACCCGGCCGACAAUGUGUUCCGCGUGCCCAAGCGGAAAGUGAAGAAGUCGUACCCGGAAGCUGCGGCUGACCAACGAAAGUCCGGUAGCAACUGGACUGGCCCGCGAACCGGUCCCGCCGGCCAACUGGAGGCGCAGGCGAGCAGCAGCCCAGCGCUCGGCGUGGCCUAUGCCCCGCCAGCCGGUGGCCAACCGAACGGUUUCCAGCUGUUUACGAACCUGUUCGAUCACGGCAACUGGAACAUCUUCGAGCUGAGGGCGCGCGUCGGGGAACGGUGCGCCGGGCACGUUGCCCUCUAUCUGCGAGACCUACGCCAGCAGCGUGCCUGGGCACUGAAAGCGAGUGACUCCAGCGGUCGGUACGGCAGCCAGUACUUCUUCGGCAACGAGUUCUGGAUGGGGUCGCUAACGUUCUGCGACGAGGUGAACCGGGUGCUACGCCACACCCCGAUGCCCCCCGGUGCCCGCCAGCUGGAGAUGCGAUUUUUCGUGGCCAAAAUCGCCGUCCAGCUCGACUGGCUCCCGACGGUCCAGCCCAGCUCCAUCCUGGUGGGCCAGUGUCUGCCAAAGUCCUGCACGGCCGACGACGUGACGCAGCUUUUGCGGAACGAUCCCCUUCUGCAGCAGCUCAGCAACACCGCCAACAGCAGCAGCCCCAGUCCAUCCUCGAGCGGCCUCACGGUCGUGCACGUGCGCCCUGUUCCCGGUAGCUACAACCUCUGGAGUGAUCCGAAGGUGUUCGCACUGUUCACGGUCGUGACGGUGCUGGCCACGGUGAUGCUGUACGCGUCGUGCGGUACCGGUCGCCACGGGCCACCGAAGGGAUCCGCCGGGCACCGGGCACGGUCGGGGACAAACACAAAACCUGGCGCCUGGAAGCUGACGCUCGAACGGCCGGAGGGCAAACGGGUGUCCGAGGCCGCCGUACCGGGGGCCGGAGAUGCGCUCGAGAUGCACAAAAUCAAUCUGGAAAGCAAUAACAACGUGGCGAACGGUGGACAGCCCGCCAGGGAGUUGACCAUCCCGACGAUCGGUGCCAACCACUACCAGCACCGCAAGCGCCCCCCGACACGCUUUACGGUGGAUGACAUUCUGGGCUGCUUCGAUGUUGGUCCGAACGCGGCUUCGAUCCUGUCGGUGGAGCAUGCCAGCGAGGAUUCGUUGACCUGCGUGCACGGCCUCCGGCUGUACUCGCUGCUGUGGACCGUCCUGGUGCAUACCUAUCUGCAGCUGUUUGCCGUCUCGGAGAACCGGUUCGGGCGCAAGAUUGCCGAACGCUCCUUCCUGUACCAGGUGGUCGGCAACGCGAGCUUCUCGGUCGACACGUUCUUCUUCAUCAGCGGGCUGCUGAUCGUGUACCUCUACCUCAAGUCGGAGUCCAAAUCGGUGGCUACUGCUGCUGCCGUCGCCGCCACCGGUGGACCGAAAGCGGCCCGCGGUGGCGCGGGUGCCGCGUCCCGCAAGACGUGCCUUUCGAUCUUGUACCGUUACCUGCGGCUCACCCCGGUCUACUGGUUCACGAUAGUGGCGAACGAAGUGAUCCUAAAGUGGACGUACGAUCGGUCCGUUUUCACGCCCGGCAUUAUCGACCACAUCACCUGCGAUCGGUUCUGGUGGCGUAACAUUCUCUACGUCAACAACUGGUUCCCGUUCAGCGAGAUGUGCAUGAUCUGGUCCUGGUACCUGGCGAACGAUAUGCAGUUCUACGUGAUCGCGAUCGUGCUGCUGAUGAUCUCGUCCCGACACUUUCGCACCGCCGCCGUACUGCUGCUCCUGUGCCUGGGCGGCUCGUGGCUGCUGUCGAUGUACUUCUCGCUUCACUACCGCUACACGCACAAGGUGGCGGACCCGUUCGAGUCGUUCGACAUCCUGUACGACAAGCCGUGGCAGCGGAUCGGACCGUACAUUGUCGGUAUGAUCACGGGCUACAUUCUGCACCGGCGCCCGUCGCCGCCGAGGAUCGUGCCGCCGCUCCGGCUGCUGCUGUGGACCCUCUCGACCGGCACGCUCAUCGCGCUGAUCUUUGGCGUCUGGAACGGCGAACUGAGCGUGCUCUGGACCGCCUGGUACGUCAGCGUGGGACACACGGCCUGGGGCCUGGCGCUGAUGUGGAUAACGUUGUCCUGCUGCUGGGGCUACUCCAACUUCGUCAACGGGCUGCUGUCGUACCGCGGGCUGUUUCCGUUGAGCCGGCUCACCUACUGUACCUACCUGAUACACCCGGUCGUCAUGAUGGCCACCUCGUUCCAGCUCGAGUCGCCGAUGCACCUGCAGCACGUCCUCAUCAUCACCGCCUUCUUCGGUAAUGCGGUCAUUUCGUUUUUGAUCGCGUUCGGAAUGUCACUAAUGUUCGAAGCGCCAGUCAUCAAGCUGCUCAAGCUGUUCUUCCAGAAGCCCCAGUGA